ACUCAAACUCUUCCCCAUACAAUGUCUCCGAAUGGCCGGUUUGAUCCUUAAUUGCUCGUUCUAUAUCUUCCGCCACCGUUGCCACUUAUUCAUAACCUCCGCGAGACAAUCCAUGGCCCCGUUUCCCUAUAUAAUCGCGGUUUUUGCUUACAUCCCAGCCCCCCACAUUGGAGAAAGCUGGGACCACCCCAACGCCACCGAAAACACAAAGCUUGAAAUUCUCCUCCCCUACCACAGAGCGCCAUUCACCUAUCGGCAGCGUGCUCCACAAGCUGGGACUGACAAUGGUGGCUGCGAAGAUAUCGAUGAGAAACGUUCUCUUUGUGGUUCUUUCCCUGUGCCAUUCAGUGUUUUCAAUAACCCCCAUUUGUCGUCCUCCGUUGUAUGCGAGUCCGCAGAGGCCAUUACUUGCAUCUCACUGGGGGACCACCAACCUGGCCGGGCCUCAGGUCCAACUGGCUCAAGGCCUCGUUACAGGCGUCACUCAGAACUUCACUAUAGGUACCACUCAAAUUGGCCAGGAUUAUUUCCUGGGUAUCCCCUAUGCUCAGCCUCCAUUGGGAGAGCUGAGGUUUGCGAAACCACAACCACUUAAUGCGGAUCCGAGCCACGAGAUAGAUGCCACGAAAUACGGAAAAACAUGUUUGCAACCGAUCAUCCCAGGCAUCACGUCGGGCAACCUAACAUUGUCUGACUUGUCGGAGGAUUGUCUUUCUAUCAAUGUCAUUCGACCCUCAAAUCAAGACAAGAGUCUUCCCGUGAUGGUUUGGAUUUAUGGAGGAGCUUUUACUGUCGGCGCGUCGCAAGCAUACAAUGCCUCGGCGAUCAUCGGGCUGAGCGUUGUCCUGAACGAGCCAGUCAUCUUCGUCUCCUUCAAUUACCGUAUGAAUGCUUUUGGCUUUCUUGGUGCUCCUGAACUGGUCGAUCCUUCCAUCGGAACGCUCAACGCUGGCUUACACGAUAUGAUUGCCGCAUUGGAAUGGGUGCAGGAAAAUAUUGGCGCUUUUGGAGGAAAUAAGGAUCGAGUAACAGUGUUUGGUCAAUCGGCAGGUGCGAUGGGGAUUGGGUCUCUCCUUGUCGCUGGAGGCGGGGAUUAUGUAAAACAGCACAACUUAUUCCAGGGUGCUAUUAUGCAGAGCGGAGGUCCAGCAGGUGUCCCUACUCCCAGCCCUAAUGCAUCCGAUCUCUUACGCUGGACAAAUACCUUCGCUGAGGUAGCAGGUUGUCCCUCCUCCGGAUCCAACUCUUCGAUCAUAUCAUGCCUUCGUUCAAAACCCUCUGAACUACUUUUCCUAGCUUCUUUCCUCGUAGUGUAUUUUACUGUGGAUACCGGGGCGCUCACUGUGCUCCCUUUCACCCGAGUGAUGGAUGGUUUUUUUUUCGAGGAAGGUGCAGCAGAAGAAGUUAGAAGGGGUAAUGUAGCAACUGUACCUAUCAUUUCGGGGUGCACUCUCGACGAAGGGACGGUAUUCGCUCCCCACUCACUUAAUUCUUCGGAAGAAAUGAAGACUUAUUUGCAAGGAUUGCUUUACGCUACUGACCCGACGCCAGAACAAGGGAGCUCCUCGACAACCUUUUGAAGUUAUACCCUGAUGAUCCCACGAUUGGGAGUCCCUAUGAUCCAGUCGGGGCGAGUAAGGACGACCGAUUCUUUGGGCCGUACAAUCAAUACAAGAGGACU